UUUUAAUCAUGACUGAUGACGAAUCAAACAAAAUAAGUGAUAAAAAUGUUUUGAAUGGAUUAAGCCGAGGAAUAAGUAGAUUAGAACUUAUAUCUUCAGUUUCACAUCAUCCUACCAAAUUUGAAAGAUGGUGGCGAUUUCUGAUUGUGUUGACAGUAGUUAAUAUAAUCCUGUCUUUCACCCUCCUACCCUUACUAGUUAUAACCCUUAAAAGGGUAAAUAAGGUUGAGGAAUUUUUCGAAACCAUUGAACACAGGUUGACAAAUCUUGAGAUAAAACGAGAUGUCCCCGGACCCCCUGGCCCUCCAGGACUUCCUGGAAUUCCCGGACCUCAUGGAACUCCUGGAACUAGAGGUGUUCAAGGCCCUCCUGGUGGUCAAGGACCUCCUGGUGUUCAAGGCGAUAAAGGAGAACAGGAUAAGGGAUCUCCAGGAGUAACUGGACUUCCUGGACUAACCGGACUACCCGGACCUGCAGGACUACCUGGGGUGCCCGGUCCUAAAGGAGACAUGGGUGAAACAGGUACUCCAGGAGUUUGCGAGGUUGAUCUUGAAACGAUGAAAGGAGAACAUGGAGAACCAGGAACUAAAGGAGAUAUUGGAGAAAAAGGAGAUAUUGGAGAAAAAGGAGAAAUUGGAGAAAAAGGAGAUAUUGGAGAAAAAGGAGAUAUUGGAGAAAAAGGAGAAGUUGGAGAAAAAGGAGAAGUUGGAGAAAAAGGAGAUAUUGGAGAAAAAGGAGAACCAGGGGCUAAAGGGGAAAUAGGAGAAAAAGGACAAGCUGCACCAGCACCUUUAGAGAACUUUGUGCAUUUGGAACCACGAGGAACCAAAGGGACUGUGCUCAAGUUUGUAGUUGAAUGUUUGGCAUCAUGCAAAAACUUAGAAAUCGGCGCAGAGUAA